AUGAUGGAUUCCAUCUUCGGAAAGCGAAAAACUCCUGCAGAACUUCUGCGGGAAAACAAGAGGAUGCUUGAUAAAUCGAUAAGAGAUAUAGAGAGGGAGAGGCAAGGCCUUCAAUCACAAGAAAAGAAACUCAUCGCUGAGAUUAAGAAGAAUGCAAAGCUAGGCCAAAUGGGAGCUGUGAAAGUGAUGGCAAAGGACCUAAUUAGGACACGUCACCAGAUUGACAAGUUUUACAAGCUUAAAUCCCAACUCCAAGGUGUAUCUCUCAGGAUCCAGACACUGAGAUCGACACAAGCAAUGGGAGAGGCGAUGAAAGGCGUGACGAAAGCGAUGGGGCAAAUGAACAGGCAGAUGAACCUGCCGUCGCUACAGAAAAUCAUGCAAGAGUUCGAGAGGCAGAACGAGAAGAUGGAGAUGGUCUCCGAGGUGAUGGGAGAUGCUAUUGACGAUGCCUUGGAAGGAGAUGAGGAAGAGGAAGAGACUGAAGAUCUUGUUAGCCAGGUUCUUGACGAAAUCGGUAUCGACAUCAACCAAGAGCUGGUGAAUGCUCCGUCUGGUUCGGUGGCUGCGCCGGCGACGAAGAACAAGGUGGUGCAAGCUGAGGCGGCGGGAGCUGAGGACGGCGGAGGAAUAGAUAGUGAUCUUCAGGCAAGUUCCAUUGGAUCCGGUACCUCAACGGCUAAUGCUCCGCUGUUUCCGCCUAAUCAAAGCGGUAGUGUAGUAGGAGAUGCUCCAAUUGUUCAGCCUUACCUUGGCGGCAACUUUGCAACUAGUUCCGUAAUGGAUAAUGCUCAACUGGCUUGGCUUUAUCUAGCUGCAAACUUACAGGAUAAUGCUCUACUAGCUAAUCCUACAAUAGCUCGACCUUAUCCGGUAGUUCCACCACUCAUUGGAGGUUUACCUACACCAGCAUGGCCCACCCUUAUGUUCCCAUUUGGUUGGGGACAACUUCCUAGAGGAAUCCCAGAUUUUUGGUCAACCCCAUCUGGUCUAAACCAUCUGAUGUAUGGUGGUGGCGGCAUAAACAACAUGGCAAGCGGAAGUGGUAGCAGUGGAAGAGGAAGCAGCGGUGUUGGAGAAAGCCAUAUUGAUAAUAGUGGUGGAAGUGGUAGAAGCGGCGAAAGUGGAGAAGAUGGUAGCAAUGGUGGUGGCGAAAGCAGUAACAGCAGAGGUGAACAUGGGAGCCAGGGACCAUCCUGA